AUGCAUCUCCACUGCUGCUUCUCGCAUGAGCAAGUCAGUCGCCGUUGCCCUUCGCCGCCUCUCCCUCGCCAUUCACCACCGCCUCCUCUCCCUUCUCCUUCUCCUUCUCCUUACGCACCAAAGCUUCAUCCUUUCACCGCCGUUAUCUCAGUUAUAUGUAAGAUUUCUGGGGAUUUGGUAGAUCGGAUUCUGGAAACCGCAGAGGAGAUCCGUGGCCCCUUCGAUAAGACAAAGGCUAGGGCUUUGAGGAAACAGAGAGAGUUAGAGAAGGCGAAGAAACCUUUAGAGAGGGAUUGGAGAUUAAACGAAGAUAGUUCAAAAAUCGCUGGAACCAAUGCUGCAUCAACCGUGAGAUGGGGACCAAGGUUGCUGCUGCUCAACGUCUCAACUUUUCGUGAUGGAAUGUUUGAGAUAGAGAAGCCUUUGAAUCUUCGGCGAGAAUCUUCCAGAUCCUGCCGUGAACCUCCGCAAAAUCUCUGGCCUGUUUUCAUAACUGUGAAGGCUUUACCAUCUUUUGCAAGAAUACCAGCUUUAGUUACUCCCAUCAGCUCCACUACUGUAACAAGGCGGAUCAUGGAGAGGCCUGAGCAUCUCUCCAAGAACAAAGACCGCAAAAAUCUGCAAUUCUCCAUCAUCACUUUUCACCAUAGAAGGCAGAGCAACAUAGAUCAAUAA